AAGUGUGAACUUGACGGUUGUUCCAGCUGGAGAGAGAGAGAGGGGGCCUGUUGUGGUGUUUCUGACCGAGUCCAGUCUCCCCCCUCAGUCACGAAACAUGACGGCGAGGAAGUCUGGAUCACGACUGGAGACCGAGAUUGAGCGCUGCCGCUCGGAGGGCCAGUGGGACAAGAUACCAGAGCUGGUUCGGCAGCUGCCGGCGAAACUUAUAUCCAACGAUGAUUUAGGUGAGUUGCUGUUGGGAGAAUCCAAGCUCCAGACGUACUUGAAAGAAAAUCCCAUCAAACAGGGUUCGAGCCCCCGAGGCACACGGGCCACACUGGUGGAGGUCAGGAAGCACCUUACGGCUGCUCUGGACCGAAGAAACCUCAAGGCCGAUUACCUCCAGGAAGCCAGCCUACUGAUGGCCAAAAUCUGUUAUAUUGAAGGAGAAUACAGUAAUGCUUUAGAUCACUACAGCCAGGUGAACCUGGACGACCUGCAGCUGGCUGGAGCUCCUGUGUACAGACUGUCUAUGAUAGCAGAGGCCUACGCCACCAAAGGCUUGUGUCUAGAGCAGAUCCCGGAUUCCUCUCCCUCUCUGUCGAACUCCGGCUCUCCGUCGACCAAUCGGAGCCCAACACCACGGGAGCAGGAGAUCAUCACCUGCUAUGAAAAGUCCGGAGACAUUGCUUUGCUGUACCUGCAGGAAGCAGAGAAGGCAUUAUCAGCAGGCAUUCAGAACCGCAGCCCAAAGCCAGGACCGGCGACUCAGGACCUGGAGCUGGGCUACUUCCUGGAGACGGGCCUGCAGAGGGCCCACGUCAUUCACUUCAAGAACGGAAACCUGACGCGGGGUGUGGGCAGAUUUCGGGAGAUUCUUCGGGCUGUUGAAACCAGAACCACCCAGAACCUUCGCAUGACGAUAGCCCGACAGCUCGCAGAGAUCCUGCUCCGAGGAAUGUGUGAACAGAGCUACUGGUCUCCUCUGGAAGAUCCUCCGACAGUGUCACCCCUGGAUAAUCCCACGCAGCAAGGGCAUACCUACCGCAAGAACUACACCCUGAGCCGACCCCCACGAGUGUACUCCGGAGAGAAUUUGUUUUGUCCUCAGGAGAACACAGAGGAAGCUCUGCUGCUGCUGCUGAUCAGUGAGUCUAUGGCCAACCGGGACGCUGUCCUGAGCAGGAUUCCUGAGCACAACAACGACCGGAUCAUCAGUCUGCAGUCUGCCUCUGUGGUGUACGAUCUGCUGACCAUAGCGCUGGGCAGGAGGGGGCAGUAUGAGAUGCUGUCGGAGUGCUUGGAGAGAGCCAUGAAGUUCGCUUUUGAGGAGUUCCAUUUGUGGUACCAGCUCGCCUUGUCGCUAAUGGCUGCCGGCAAAUCCGCUCGCGCUGUCAAGGUUCUGAAGGAGUGCAUCCGUCUGAAGCCUGAUGACCCCACCAUCCCACUGCUGGCCGUUAAGCUGUGCAUUGGUCCUCUGCACUGGUUGGACGAAGGGGAGAAGUUUGCAAAGAUGGUGAUUGACAUGGGAGAGAAGGCAGCGGAGUUCAAAGCCAAAGGCCACUUGGCCGUCGGCCUGGUUUACAGCCUCAAAGCCACAGAUGCAUCGCUGCGGAGCACGCAGGAGGACUACCAGAGGAAAGCUUUGUCGGCCUUUCAGAGAGCUCAGAGCAUGUCUCCCACUGACCAUCUGGCAGCUUUUUAUUUGGCACUGCAGCUUGCCGUUUCCAGACAGAUCCCCGAGGCGUUAGGGUAUGUUCGACAGGCACUGCAGCUACAAGGAGACGACGUCCACUCCCUCCACCUGCUGGCCCUGCUUCUUUCUGCCCAGAAACAUUACCAUGACGCUCUCAACAUCAUAGAGAUGGCCCUGUCCGAGUAUCCCGAGAACUUCAAUCUGCUGUAUACGAAGGUGAAGCUGGAGGCCAUGUGUAGAGGACCGGAGGAAGCUCUGCUCACCUGCAAACACAUGCUCCAGAUCUGGAAGAGCUUUUACAACCUCACCAACCCCAGCGAUUCAGGGCGUGGCAGCAGCCUGUUGGACAGGGCCAUACCAGACAGACGACAGCUCAACGCCAUGACACUGCCUGACUUCAGUGACCCUGACGCUGGCGGCCCUCAGGACGCUAACACUCUUGGUUUUCCCUCCAUGUUUUCUGUUUGCUCGGUGCACGCUACGUCCAUAGCAGCCAGCCGGGUGGAGCAGGCUCUGUCGGAGGUGGCCUCUUCCCUGCAGAGCAGCGCCCCCAAACACGGACCCCCGCACCCCUGGCUGACCCUGGCUCAGAUCUGGCUUCAUGCAGCUGAGGUGUACAUCGGCAUGUCGAAACCUGCAGAGGCCACGGCGUGCACCCAGGAGGCCGCCAACCUGUCCCCCACCUCCCACAACAUGAUGUACAUGAGGGGCCAGAUAGCCGAGCUGAGGGGCAACAUAGACGAAGCCAAACGAUGGUACGAAGAAGCCCUGUCCAUCAACCCGACUCAUGUCAAAACCAUGCAGAGACUGGGUCUGAUUCUGCACCAGCUGCAGCGCUACAGUCUGUCUGAGAAAGUCCUAAGGGAUGCUGUGCAGGUCAACAGCACUUCUCAUGACGUGUGGAACAGUCUGGGCGAGGUGCUGCAGGCUCAGGGGAACGCCGCUGCCGCCACCGAGUGUUUCCUCACCGCCUUGGAGCUGGAGGCCAGCAGCCCCAUCCUGCCGUUCACCAUCAUUCCCCGAGCGCUAUGAGACGCGGCGCAGUCACAAACCUGCUCCGUACACACACACACACACACACACACACACACGACUGCAUGCAAACAGCUGUGCAGCCAUUUCUCACACCUUGUACAUAAUGCAAAUAACAGUAUUUUCCUCUGCUGACCGUGUGUGUGCAUGCGUGUGUGCGCGCGCGGGUGUGUAUGUGGUGCCAACACGUUUCCUGCGUCUUGUCCGUGCGCCUUUGUUGUUGUUGUUGUUGUUGUUGUAAAUACGAUGUUGUUUGCAUUCAGAAGCCUAAGAUUUUUGUUUACAUUUUAUUUAGUCCAAAGAAACACACAGGUUUGUUCAAAAUCCGAUUACUGCCAGGAAAAUACUUUUAUUUACGUUUGCUUUAAGAGCCAAACAUUCUCGCUCAAACAACAAAAUUCACCUGUUGCUGUUAAGCCAGAGAGGAUUUCUGUUACUGUACGGCUGGAUAAUCCACUGGAGACAUGAUCAUAAGCUCAAUCAGUCAAUAAAUGCCAAAAAAAAACCUGGAUGGAUUUACGCAGACGACCGGAUGUCUUGGCGUUUUGUGGCAGUUUUCUCACAACGAAGCAUGCUUUAUUUAGUUUACAGAAUAUCAUCAUAUGCACAGUUCAAACACUGUUACUGACAAACAAAUGUUUAGCAGGAAUCUGUUACAAAUUACUUGUCCAAAAUCAGGUUUUCUGUGUAAAUCCAUCCACCUUGUUUGUGUCUUUGCAUCCUGUCACAGCCAGGUUAUUUUAUUUAAUUUUUUUUUAAUUAUUAUUAUAAAUACAAAGAGUUAUUGCUGUAUAUUUGAUGAACCCUUGUGUUUUAUUAUUUUAGAGAGUAAAUUAUGAUUAUACAGAGCGAUGCUGUGGGGGGGGCGGGAAGCGAGAAAGAGGAACGGGUUCGGCGGGAUCAGUCAGUGAGUCGUUUUUGCUGUAAAUCAAUGACUGAAAUUAGAAUAAUAACAAUAAUAAAGAUCCUCGGUAAACAAAG